GUUGUCCACCUGUACUGCUUGCUCUGACUGUAUCGGCAGCCACACUGCUCGCACCGUCUUUUCAAAGGAGCAGAAUAAACGAAAACCUCCGAGUUGCCUCGACUCACGUGCCCAAAAACUCCGCCCUCGCAUUUGUGUCAAGAAACAUUUAACUCGAGUCGUCGUCACAGCUCCAAAAAACACCGGGGAAUAUAGACAAUUCAAGUGAAGCGGCGACCGCCACGUAGGCUACAGUGUGGGGGAAAGGAGUUUACCUGUGUUGUAAAACAUGUUAGACCCGUCCUCCAGCGAAGACUCGGGAGGAGAAAUUGACGAGGACACUGAAGUUCCAAAAGACUCCCCAAAAAAGCCUUUGACUUCCUCGGGGCAAGGAGGUAAACAUAAACGACCACCUGCGGACCAACCACAAGCCGAUAGUCCUUCCGCCGGAGACGAGCAGAAAAAUGAGAAAGAAAGACUUCAGAAAGAGGAAGCUGAGCGGAAAAGUAAACUACAGAUUUAUGUAUUUGUGUUGCGAUGUAUAGCAUACCCUUUCAAUGCCAAACAACCCACGGAUAUGGCACGCAGGCAACAGAAGCUUAAUAAGCAGCAGCUGCAGGCGGUGAAGGAUCACUUCCUGGCCUUCCUGAAUGGGGAGACACAGAUCGUGGCGGACGAGGCCUUCUGCAAUGCUGUGCGCAGCUACUACGAGGGUUUUCUGAACAGUGAGCGGGUGUCCAGGAUGGUGCAGAGUGGCGGCUGCUCGGCCUGCGACUUCCGUGACGUCUUCAAGAAGAACAUUGAGCGCCGGGUGCGCAGCUUGCCCGAGAUCGAUGGCCUGAGCAAAGAGACAGUGCUGAGCUCCUGGAUUGCCAAGUAUGACGCCAUCUACAGGGGGGAUGAGGACCUGCGGCGCCAGCCCCAGAGGAUGCACCUCAGUGCCGUGUCCGAGUUGAUACUCAGUAAGGAGCAGCUGUAUGAGAUGUUCCAGCUGAUUUUGGGCAUCAAGAAGUUUGAGCACCAGCUGCUGUACAACGCCUGUCAGCUGGACAAUGUGGACGAGCAGGCAGCCCAGAUCCGCCGGGAGCUGGAUGGACGACAACAGCUGGCAGAGAGGGUAGCCAAGGAGAGAAAGUACCCAAAGUUUGUGUCCAAAGACAUGGAGGCCAUGUACAUCGAGGAGCUGCGCUCGUCUGUCAACCUGCUCAUGGCCAACCUGGAGAGUCUACCUGUGGCCAAGGGAGGUCCCGACUUCAAACAGAAGCUCAAACGCUCCACCAUGAACAACUCCUUCCUGGACAUGGGCGACGAGACAGAAUUCCUCUCCAAGUCUGAUGUAGUCCUCUCCUUCACACUGGAGAUAGUGAUAGUGGAAGUGCAGGGCCUGAAGUCGGUGGCUCCUAACAGGAUUGUGUACUGCACCAUGGAGGUGGAGGGCGGGGAGAAACUGCAGACAGACCAGGCGGAAGCUUCCAGACCACAGUGGGGGACUCAGGGGGACUUCAUGACGACGCACCCGUUACCAAUGGUCAAAGUCAAGCUGUUCACAGAGAGCACAGGGGUACUGGCUCUGGAAGACAAGGAGUUGGGACGGGUGAUCCUGAACCCCACCACCAGGACCAAGCAGGCCGAGCUACACAAGAUGGUGGUGUCAAAGAACAGUCAGGACUCAGAGCUGAAGAUCAAACUAGCCGUCCGCAUGGACAAACCCCCCAACAUGAAGCACAGCGGGUACCUUUAUGCUUUGGGACAGAGAGUUUGGAAACGUUGGAAAAGAAGAUAUUUGGUUCUUGUCCAGGUCAGCCAAUACACCUUUGCAAUGUGCAGCUACAGAGAGAGGAAGUCUGAGCCCCAUGAACUGAUGCAGCUAGAAGGCUACACUGUGGACUACUCCGACCCCCAGCCUGGUCUCCAGGGCGGUCGAGUCUUCUUCAGUGCUGUCAAGGAGGGUGACCUGGUCGUGUUUGCCAGUGAUGAUGAGCAGGACCGGAUGCUGUGGGUUCAGGCCAUAUAUCGUGCCACGGGCCAGUCAUACAAACCAGUUCCACCCACCCAGAUCCAGAGACAGAACUGCAGAGGAGGGAACCCCCAGCCAGACGCACCAAUCUCACUGCUCAGUCUGGAUCGCUCUCAGAGGCAGGGGGUAGAGGAUCUGAUCUCUGCGGUGCCCUGUCGUUUCGACCAUGCCGCCUUGUUCCCCAUGCUGCAGAAACAGACUCUACAGCACCGGAUGAAUGACUCCUUCUCCUGCCUGGGAUGGUUCAGUCCAGGUCAGGUGUUUGUGCUGGAUGAGUACUGCGCCCGCUACGGUGUGAGGGGCUGCCACCGCCACCUCAGCUACCUCCGGGACCUGAUGGAGUACUCUGAGAACAACACCCUGGUCGACCCCACCCUCCUGCAUUACAGCUAUGCCUUCUGUGCCUCCCACAUCCAUGGCAAUAGGCCGGAUGGGAUAGGCACAGUCACUGAGGAAGAGAGAGAACAGUUUGAGGACAUAAGAAGCCGUCUCCUGAGUCUAUUGGACAACCAGAUCAUCCAUUUUAGGUACUGUUUCCCCUUUGGCCGACCAGAUGGCGCACUCAAAGCCACACUCUCCCUGCUAGAAAGGGUGUUGAUGAAGGACAUUACCACUCCGAUUCCUCCUGAGGAGAUGAAGAAGAUGGUCAAAAAAUGUCUGGAGAAAGCUGCCCUUAUCAACUACUCCCAGCUGACCCAAUACGCUCAGAUCGAGGCAGAUGCUCAGGCUGCCCCGGAGAAGAGAUUGGAGGACAUGAUGCGACUGGGAGAACUUUGUAUUGAGGUCCUGCAGCAGAAUGAUGAGCAUCAUUCCGAGGGAAGAGAGGCAUUCUCGUGGUGGCCGGAGAUGAUGGCGGAGCACGCAGAGACCUUCCUGUCUCUCUACACCGUCGACAUGGAUGGUGCUCUACAAGUCCAGCCCGUUGACUCAUGGGACAGCUUUCCCUUAUUCCAGCUGCUUAACAACUUCCUGCGUUGUGACCCUCACCUGUGCAAUGGCAUGUUCCACAAGCACCUGCAGGACCUGUUCAUCCCGCUGGUGGUGCGUUACAUAGACCUUAUGGAGUCCUCCAUCGCCCAGUCCAUCCACCGCGGCUUCCAGCAGGAAACCUGGCAGUCCGUCAAGACAAUAACCAACAACCUACCGAGCGUGCCUCUGCCCAAAGUCAAUCUCCCACAGAUGCCGAGCUUCUCAGCACCCUCCUGGAUGGGCCCGCUGUGUGACAGCACUAACGGCUCAGCAACCUCAGAGGACCUCUUCUGGAAGUUGGACGCACUCCAGAUGUUUGUCCUGGACCUGCACUGGCCCGAGCCAGAGUUUGCCAAACACCUGGAGCAGAGGCUGAAGCUCAUGGCCAGCGACAUGAUGGAGGCUUGCGUCAAAAGAACGAAAGCCGCCUUUGACUCCAAGAUGCAGAAGGCCAGCAAGGCAACGGACUUCCGGGUGUCGCUGUCGGUGUGCACCAUGUUCAACAUGCUAAUGGACGCCAAGAAGCAGUGCGCCAAACUCUGUGUGCUGGACUCCGGUCAAGAGAUUGACAAACAAUGGCAACAGUACCAUUCGAAAAUCGAUGUCCUGAUCGAUGAUGCGUUUAAAGACAUGAUUUCCUCCAUGGUCACAAAGUUUGCUGGAGUUUUAGACGGUGUUCUCUCCAAACUCUCCAGAUAUGACGAAGGGACAUUCUUUUCUUCUAUCCUAUCUUUCACGGUGAAAGCAGCUGCCAAGUAUGUGGAUGUGCCUAAGCCAGGGAUGGACCUGGCUGAUACCUAUAUCACGUUUGUGCGGCAGAACCAGGACAUUCUGCGAGAUCGCGUCAACGAGGAGAUGUACAUUGAGAAGCUGUUUGACCAAUGGUACACCAGCUCCAUGAAGGGGGUGUGUGCGUGGCUGACAGACAGACUGGACCUUCAGCUCCACAUGUACCAGCUGAAAACACUCAUCAAGAUUGCCAAGAAGACCUACCGAGACUUCCGGCUCCAAGGAGUCCUGGAUGGAACCCUGAACAACAAGAGCUAUGAAACCGUCUACAACCGCCUCACUGUAGAGGAGGCCACCAUGGCUGUCAAGGCCGGCGACGGUCUCCAAGGCAUCACCAUGAGGGACAGUGAUGAGGAGGAUGGGUGAACCUCUCCCUAUAGCGCCAAGUCUGGUGGCCCUCGCAUAUAGACUGAAAUGGGAAGUGUGCAUGUAUGUGUACAGGAGAUGGAAGGGGUGGAGAUUAUGUGUCUGUGUGUGUGUGCAACAGAAAGAGAUGGAGGGCUUGUAGAACACACACUUAAGUCUAUGAUAAAAACAUCCAUCGUUGUGAUCCCCCCCCCCUCCUCCCCUCCCCCACUUACUCCAGUAGUGGCUACCUUCACAGCCAUAAUGAUAAUGAUGUCAGUACAGCUCAGUGGUCACCAACUGGUGGCCUUCAGUGCAGUUUCCGUUUGUUUAUUUAAUUUGUUUGUUGGUUUCUUUGUACUUUAUUUUAAUAGUGAUGUAAAUCAAGAAAAAAGAAACAAGUUGUGCUCUUAUGGUUACCUAGAUACAAUCAUGCCAAUUGAAACAGGUUUCAGAGGUCUCGCCAAAUGCAGGUCCAUUCUGUGGUAAAUGUACAAAGUGCAUUAUGAGGACAUUAUGAGUACAUUUCAGGGUGUUUGAGGACAUUGAGGUUGUUCUUACAUAAUCACACUGAAAGAGCGAUGAUACAGCCAAUAUACAUAUGUUUAUGCUCUACUGUAUGAAUGUAAUGCAUUGGCUAAAGUGCUACAUUGUCAUUUAAUGUAUUUAGGCUAUGCUUGAGUGUAUUAUCCCUCACAAGAGUUAGACACAAUAUACAUUCAAAGCUGUGUCCAGUAGGCUAAAGCUGAUUGAUAGAGUGCAUUAUGUUUUGAAUCUGAAUUGAUGUCUUAACUGUGAUACUUCAAUCAGUUUGUGUCAGUGGAGUUCAAAGACAAAACAAAUGGGACAAAAUAUAGGAAAUAUAUUUCUAUUGUCUUCUGUGCACCUGUUUUUAUUCAGGUGUGAAUGUUCUAAGUGUUAGAAUUAAAGUGUUUUUAAAGCAA